CCUCCUGUCAAUCAAAAACCCACAGAGAUUGCUCUCUUUUCAGACAUUCUUUUUUCGGAUGAGAUUCUGAAACAACACUAUUUUCAGAAGCUGUUGGACAAAUCCGUAAUCUUCCAUGGGAGGAUACACAAGCAAGCAAGAUGGGAGCAGUGGGAGAUGGACCGAGGGGACAUCAAGUGAAAGAAGAAUGAGAACCAAGAGAGGAGAGAAAGGUGAGAGAGAGGUUAUGGCCAUGGCGAUGGAGGAGGCAGAGACAGAGUGGAGGAGAGAGAGGAAGAGGCUGAAGGAGGAGGUGAAGACGCUGAGGAAGAAAGUGGAGGAGAAGGAACAAGUUAAGGCGGAGCAGAGAGAGUGGGAGUGGGUGGUCGGGCAGAUGUGCGUGGAGAGAGCUGUCAAGGACGAGGCCGUGGAGAGGUGGAAGAAGCUCUAUCUGGCUAUCAAGAACGAGCUUGAUGAUCUCAUUCAGAGAACUUAUGGACAAGGGUUGCACCAGAGACCCGAGGAGGAAGGUGAAAAGACAAUACAAGAACUCAGACAGCAACUGAAGGUAAGGGAAGAAACCAUUGAGAGGCUCAAAGAGAGAAUAGCUUUAAUGGAGAAGCAACAGUAUGGCAAAGAAAGAGAGAUUGACAUACUGAGACAGAGCUUGCGAAUCAUCAGCAAUGACAGCACCGGGAAGAAGAAGAACAAGAAGACGUCUUCAUCUCGUUCUACUAGAAACCUGCGGAUAUUCAAAAACACGUGUAAAUAACUGAUAUUCAUCUCAAUAACCUCUUCAAGGAAGUGCAGUACAAGUAGGAAAGCUAAGUACAAUGUAAUACAAUUCCUUUCCCCAUCUCAGGGAAUAUAUCUUCACAUGUGAAAUA